AUGAGAGGAAACCAGAGAAAGACCCAAAGGGUCAGUGCAGUGGCGGGUGAGAAGCCUCCUAUCGAUGCAUAUAAAAGCAGGGCGAACAAGUUCUACAACGUCAAGCAAUCAGGUCAGACUGCAGCCGUGGUGGAGACUGUUUUUCGAAAGCCCAAGGCAUUUGCAAACCUCCACGAAUACGAUGAUAUAGAAACUGUGGAUCAAGUGCCAACUGCAAUCGGUUUUAACUCUUUCGAUUCUGCAGAUGAAGUUAUUGAGGCAAAAAUGAAGUCGCGUUAUUAUUUUAAAAAACCGACAGAGAAAGAUGAGGACUUGCCAGAAAGUGAAGAAUCGAAGCCACCGGAGAAAGAGAAAGUUUUGCGCAAAGGAGAAGGUGGAGAAAUUUGCUCCUCUUUGCCGAAGCAGCGACACGUCCCAUUCCACAAAGUCAUUCUCCGAAAGGUGACAGAUGGUAUCCCAAACGCACCGAAGGUAGUAGACGAACAACAGAUCGUUGUCGUUCCUGAUGAACGAGAACCCAGCAUGGAGGAGAAACAAAAACAAGUAAAAGAUCAGGAAGAGGAAACAGAAGACCAAGUCAGAAGCAAUGAUCGCUAUGGUCUUGGUCAGUCUAUUUUCAGUGAUGAUGACAGUUGCCCUCCGUUGUGGAAAAGCUUCAGCAAUGAGGACGACGAAAAGUUUGGCGAAGGGUCAGCUGCCGCAAACGAGAAGGCUCGUCGCCAAAUUGCCUUGAACGAGGCAAGAAAGCUUCGCGCCCUCAACUCGGUUCAUAAUAUAGAUGACCCAACGACACUCGAAGUUGACAUGGGAGUGGAUCCUCGUCUUCGACGCAACACCGCGCAAGCAUCGGGUUUGAAGAAAGCCAGUUCAAUCCAGGACAAGUCUUCUUCCAGAAAAGCUAUUGAUAGCAAGGUAACGGACAAAAUCGGACAAGAACGUGCAAAGAACACCAGCAAUCGAAAGGAUCCCGUCUCCGUGGUGAGCAACUCGAUCGUUGUGUCCCAACCUCCCCCACGAAAGGUUGCUGUAAAGGCGAUGACAUUCGACAGACCUUUUGAUGAUGCAUCGUACGGAUCUGAAGGUCAAAGCAAGGCAUCUGACGACGAAAAAAAACCCACAGUACUAUCAGAAGCAUCUCAGCAGCAUGCGGAAACAGAGCACAGUUUCGCUGCAUGUGUUUACGAUGGUCUAUCAAACUUGGCUAAUAUAAACUACUGGAUUGGUGAGCAAGAUAGUAGUGAUGGGAAUCAAGAUGGAUCUGAAGACGAAAGUCGUGAGGCUGUAAACAUGUCAUCGAAUACCAACAGUAAAAACACCGCGAAACGCGAUGCGAAGGUAACUAAAUCGAGUCCUGCGAUAGUAUCCGAGAUAACUAUUCCUACUCCUGAAGUUCGCAACGGAGGAGAACCGCGCAUGGAAGAUUCUGUAAGUAUUUUGGGUCUCGACAAAAAGCACAGCAGCAACGAAACCAAUGAUAACCGAGAGAACCGAGUGCCCCAAAAACUGAAGAAGAGAAAGGAGAAAUCGCGAGCUUUUGGUAAGAUUCUUGGUCGAAAAACACCCAAAUGA